UGUACAUUUAUAUAUCACGUGACCAAUAUGAAGGCUUUUAUCGUGUUCGCUGUCUGCCUAGUCGUGGCUCAAGCUUUAACUGACGAGCAGAAAGAGAAACUAAAAAAGCACAAGUCAGAGUGCUUGGCGGAGACCAAGGUUGACGAACAACUGGUGAACAAACUCAAAGCUGGCGACUUCAAGAGUGAUAACGAGGCGUUGAAGAAGUAUGCCCUCUGCAUGUUGAUCAAAUCCGAACUGAUGACAAAGGAAGGAAAAUUUAAGAAGGACGUUGCUUUGGCUAAAGUAGCAAAUCCCGCUGACAAACCCCAAGUGGAGAAGCUCAUAGAUACCUGUUUAGCGAACAAGGGCAAUACCCCUCACCAGACCGCUUGGAACUAUGUAAAAUGCUACCAUGAGAAGGACCCGAAGCACCCCAUCUUCAUGUAAACUAACAGUUAGAUUAAAAAUCUCAUCUUUCAAACGUAAAACAGGAUUUUAGUUUGUAUC